AUGACAAGUCACUGGCUCGUCAAAGCCGAGCCUCUUUCACGCCUUGUUAAGGGGAUAGAUGUAGCAUUCAGUGUUGACCGCUUUGAAAAAGAAAAAGUUUGUUCUUGGGAAGGCGUUCGGAACUAUCAAGCACGCAAGUAUUUGCGAGACCAAAUGAAGACAGGACACCGAGUUCUUUUUUAUCAUAGCAGCUGCAAAGUACCCGGCAUUGUUGCAUUAGCAAGUGUUUGUAAAGACGGAUAUCCUGACAACACAGCAUGGGAGCCAGGAAAUCCAUACUUUGACCCAAGAUCCGAUCCAAAGGCGCCUCAGUGGUACAUGGUGGAUUUGCAGUUCGAGGGUCGACUCACACACCCCGUUCCGCUUGGAGUCCUAAAACAUCUCACAAGUUCAGACCUAUCGGAUGCACAACGCGAAGAUGUGAAGUAUUUAUCAGAAGACCAUUUGCUAGCUGUGGCAAACAUGCUAUUACUCAAUCGAUCUCGUUUAAGCGUGCAGCCCGUUGAAUAUAUGGCAUUUGAAGCAAUUACGCUGCUUGGUCAGAGAGGUGGUUUCAUGAAUUGGCCAGGCAAAUGGUCACGAACCAAUACCCCAGAUGAAUCCAUCCCUCCGUCGCGCAAGCGUCGACGCAGUUAG